CCCUCUUCUCUCUGUCUCUACCUCAUCUUCGCAACCCAACUCAAACCCUAUUUCAAAUUUUCUCUUCUCCCUCGGCGGUGCCGCCGCCUCACCAGGUCGCCGGAUCGCCGCCGGCUUCAGCUCCUCGGCGGCAUGGAGUCGCCGAUCGUUGGUGCUAGCGAGUCUCGCCGUCGCACGAGGUUCCGGAAACGGCGCCUCUAUCCAACGCCGCCAUCCGCCUCCGGCGGCGUCCCUCUCUGUCUUGCUCACUCCGCCGCCGCUGCUGCUCGCGCGGUGGCUCGCCGUCGCGGCCCUCCAUCUAUCUCUCUCCUAUUCCCAAAUCGGUAAUUCCCCAUACCGAUGAAACCGAGGAGCAGCGCCUCCUUCCUCGUCUCCGGCUGCUCGACGGCAGACCCACCGCCGCCUGUCGUCAUCCGCCGCUGCCUCCUUCUCACGCCUUCCGUUGACGUCGCGCCACCGACGGACAACCUCGUUCUAAGGUGCUGCAUCGGUGAGGGCUUGCAGGCUGGACUUGCCCCUUUUUGGGUGAGAGAGAAAUCUCGGCUGCUACCUGGCUGCACCGCGAGCGGGCCUGGAGUUGAUGUCUGGGCCGACGGCUGCUCGAAACGGGCCCUAAAUUGGGCCUGGAGAAAAGGCCCGAAAUGCACUCCAUAUUUUUUUCAUUUUCCUUUCCUUGUUUAUCUUUCUUUGGGGACUUAAUCCGUGUAAUCUAUUUUAUUAGUUGUUCAUUAAUUAA